AUGGAAAAGCCUGCCAACGAGACCUUGGUGGCUUAUGAUCGGGAAACCAUUGGAGGACGUCGACUGGGAUACAGGCUCGAUGUGAUUCAAGAGCCAAAGAAAGCCCGCGCGUGCGGCAAUGGCCCAAGAUCCGCCUCCGACCGUCGACCAGUCGACCCUCCUCCUGUGAUUGCACUCAACAUCGCAGACCUUGCAACUGACGAGGACAUCACCAUGUCGUAUGACGCGGGAUUCAUGUUCGGCGUCUGCGUUGCGAGUGCCGCUUAUCUUGAUAAGCCAUCGAAGGCGGCCUAUUUCAUUUUCCCAGAUCUCAGUGUGAGACACGAGGGCUGGUACCGUCUCAAGUUCUCGCUUUUCGAGCAAGUUAAGAACCCGCUCGAUGCCGACCGCGGUAGGGAAUUCGUCGACGACCGCGCGUCCACUGGACCGCUUCCACACGAGGCCAUGGCCAACCGCAUGGAAGUCGUCUCGAAGCCCUUCCAAGUCUUCAGUGCCAAGAAGUUUCCUGGUCUGGACCAAAGCACAGAAACAUCGCAGGUUCUGGCCUCUCAAGGUUGCCGUGUUCGCAUAAGGCGCGAGAUCAGGCAGCGUAAACGUACCAGUGAUGACCAUGUCAAACCCGAGCCAAGGAAUCAGACUCCAGAAUUCACCUUCCCCGGACAUAGCCGGGCAACGAGCAGGAAUAGCAAUCGUGGCCCCCAAAGCCCACAUGAUCUUAUGCGGCGACCAUCGAAUGAGAGCAUGUAUCAGGCGCAGCAGGUGCAGGGUCGGGUUCCUUCUCUGGCCACUACUAUGGGCAGCAUUUCGCACGCAAGUCCGAUAACGCCUACAACACCUCACAUGCACUCCAUGCCACCUCCAUAUCGUGGUUAUGAGCAAUCGGCUCCGCCGCCUGCUCCAUAUCAGUCUCAGUAUCCCAACUAUCUUUCGCAGGGUUCAGCAAGUGUGAAGUACGAGCAGCUUCCUUCACCAGCCCGUAACAGCUUCCAGGAGACAGGCCCAACACUAGCGCCCAUACAGACUCAUGCACCAGUCCCGCCUUCGCCGGCGUCAAGACACCUCUACCAUCUUCCCGAACCCACCGCGACGAAGCGGACCUCAAGCAAGUCAUUCAACGAUGACUACGCUAUGAAGCGGGGCACUCGACCAGAUCAGCCACAUCAACCAGUAUCAUACUCCAACAACGAUAUAAUCGAGGCUGAUAACGGGGAGGAGGAUCCAAGCGACCGGGAACCUCUGGAGUACAAUCGUGCCAACGGUACAAGGGGCAUGAGGAUAGCGAAUCUCCUGCUGUAG